AUGUUCCCACAGACUGUGUUCGCACAGACUAUGUUCCCACAGACUGUGUUCGCACAGGCUGUGUUCGCACAGACUGUGUUUGUACAGACUGUGUUCGCACAGACUAUGUUCCCACAGACUGUGUUCGCACAGACUGUGUUCCCACAGACUGUGUUCGCACAGACUGUGUUCCCACAGACUGUGUUCGCACAGGCUGUGUUCGCACAGACUGUGUUUGUACAGACUGUGUUCGCACAGACUAUGUUCCCACAGACUGUGUUCGCACAGGCUGUGUUCGCACAGACUGUGUUUGUACAGACUGUGUUCGCACAGACUAUGUUCCCACAGACUGUGUUCGCACAGACUGUGUUCGCGCAGACUGUGUUCCCACAGACUGUGUUCCCACAGACUGUGUUCGCACAGACUAUGUUCCCACAGACUGUGUUCGCACAGACUGUGUUCGCACAGACUGUGUUCGCGCAGACUAUGUUCCCACAGACUGUGUUCGCACAGACUAUGUUCCCACAGACUGUGUUCGCACAGACUAUGUUCCCACAGACUGUGUUCGCGCAGACUAUGUUCCCACAGACUGUGUUCCCACAGACUGUGUUCCCACAGACUGUGUUCGCACAGACUGUGUUCCCACAGACUGUGUUCCCACAGACUGUGUUCGCACAGACUAUGUUCCCACAGACUGUGUUCGCACAGACUAUGUUCCCACAGACUGUGUUCGCACAGACUAUGUUCCCACAGACUGUGUUCGCACAGACUAUGUUCCCACAGACUGUGUUCGCACAGACUAUGUUCCCACAGACUGUGUUCGCACAGACUAUGUUCCCACAGACUGUGUUCGCACAGACUAUGUUCCCACAGACUGUGUUCGCACAGACUGUGUUCCCACAGACUGUGUUCGCACAGACUAUGUUCGCACAGACUGUGUUCACACAGACUGUGUUUGCACAGUCUGUGUUCGCACAGACUGUGUUCGCACAGACUGUGUUCACACAGACUGUGUUCGCACAGACUGUGUUCGUACAUGUGUUCGCACAGACUGUGUUCGUACAGACUGUGUUCACACAGACUGUGUUCGCACAUGUGUUCGCACAGACUGUGUUCGCACAGACUGUGUUCGUACAUGUGUUCGCACAGACUGUGUUCGCACAGGCUGUGUUCGCACAGACUGUGUUCGCACAGACUGUGUUCGCACAGACUGUGUUCGCACAGACUGUGUUCGUACAUGUGUUCGCACAGACUGUGUUUGUACAUGUGUUCGCACAGGCUGUGUUCGCACAGACUGUGUUCACACAGUCCGUGUUUGUACAGACUGUGUUCGUACAGACUGUGUUCGCACAGACUGUGUUCGUACAUGGGUUCGCACAGACUGUGUUCGCACAUACUGUGUUCGUACAUGUGUUCGCACAGACUGUGUUCGCACAGACUGUGUUCCCACAGACUGUGUUCGCACAGACUAUGUUCGCACAGACUGUGUUCGCACAGACUGUGUUCGCACAGACUGUGUUCACACAGACUGUGUUCGCACAGUCUGUGUUCGUACAGACUACUGUGUUCGCACAGGCUGUGUUCGCACAGGCUGUGUUCGCACAGACUGUGUUCGCACAGACAGUGUUCGCACAGUCUGUGUUCGCUCAGACUGUGUUCGUACAGACUGUGUUCACACAGACUGUGUUCGCACAGACUGUGUUCGCACAGACUGUGUUCGUACCUGUGUUCGCACAGACUGUGUUCGUACAUGUGUUCGUACAGACUGUGUUCGUACAUGUGUUCGCACAGGCUGUGUUCGCACAGACUGUGUUCCCACAGACUGUGUUCGCACAGUCCGUGUUUGUACAGACUGUGUUCGCACAGACUGUGUUCGCACAGACUGUGUUCGCACAUACUGUGUUUGUACAUGUGUUCGCACAGACUGUGUUCGCACAGACUGUGUUCCCACAGACUGUGUUCGUACAGACUGUGUUCGCACAGACUGUGUUCGCACAGACUGUGUUCGCACAGACUGUGUUCGUACAGACUGUGUUCGUACAGACUGUGUUCCCACAGGCUGGGUUCGCACAGACUGUGUUUGCACAGACUGUGUUCGUACAUGUGUUCGCACAGACUGUGUUCGCACGGACUGUGUUCGUACAUGUGUUCGCACAGGCUGUGUUCGCACAGACUGUGUUCGCACAGACUGUGUUCGUACAUGUGUUCGCACAGGCUGUGUUCGCACAGACUGUGUUCGCACAGACUGUGUUCGCACAGACUACUGUGUUCGCACAGACUGUGUUCCCACAGACUGUGUUCGUACAGACUGUGUUCGCACAGACUGUGUUCGCACAGACUGUGUUCGCACAGACUGUGUUCGUACAGACUGUGUUCGUACAGACUGUGUUCCCACAGGCUGGGUUCGCACAGACUGUGUUUGCACAGACUGUGUUCGUACAUGUGUUCGCACAGACUGUGUUCGCACGGACUGUGUUCGUACAUGUGUUCGCACAGGCUGUGUUCGCACAGACUGUGUUCGCACAGACUGUGUUCGUACAUGUGUUCGCACAGGCUGUGUUCGCACAGACUGUGUUCGCACAGACUGUGUUCGCACAGACUGUGUUCGCACAGACUGUGUUCGCACAGACUGUGUUCGUACAUGUGUUCGCACAGACUGUGUUCGUACAUGUGUUCGCACAGGCUGUGUUCGCACAGACUGUGUUCGCACAGACUGUAUUCGCACAGACUGUGUUUGCACAGACUGUGUUCGCACAGUCUGUGUUCGUACAGACUGUGUUCGUACAGACUGUGUUCGCACAGGCUGUGUUCGCACAGACUGUGUUUGUACAGACUGUGUUCGCACAGACUAUGUUCCCACAGACUGUGUUCGCACAGGCUGUGUUCGCACAGACUGUGUUUGUACAGACUGUGUUCGCACAGACUAUGUUCCCACAGACUGUGUUCGCACAGACUGUGUUCCCACAGACUGUGUUCGCGCAGACUAUGUUCCCACAGACUGUGUUCGCACAGACUGUGUUCCCACAGGCUGUGUUCGCACAGACUGUGUUCCCACAGACUGUGUUCGCACAGACUAUGUUCGCACAGACUGUGUUCGCACAGACUGUGUUUGCACAGUCUGUGUUCGCACAGACUGUGUUCGCACAGACUGUGUUCGCACAGACUGUGUUCGCACAGACUGUGUUCGCACAGACUGUGUUCGUACAUGUGUUCGCACAGACUGUGUUCGUACAGACUGUGUUCACACAGACUGUGUUCGCACAUGUGUUCGCACAGACUGUGUUCGCACAGACUGUGUUCGUACAUGUGUUCGCACAGACUGUGUUCGCACAGGCUGUGUUCGCACAGACUGUGUUCGCACAGACUGUGUUCGCACAGACUGUGUUCGCACAGACUGUGUUCGUACAUGUGUUCGCACAGACUGUGUUUGUACAUGUGUUCGCACAGGCUGUGUUCGCACAGACUGUUUUCACACAGUCCGUGUUUGUACAGACUGUGUUCGUACAGACUGUGUUCGCACAGACUGUGUUCGUACAUGUGUUCGCACAGACUGUGUUCGCACAUACUGUGUUCGUACAUGUGUUCGCACAGACUGUGUUCGCACAGACUGUGUUCCCACAGACUGUGUUCGCACAGACUGUGUUCGCACAGACUGUGUUCGCACAGACUGUGUUCACACAGACUGUGUUCACACAGACUGUGUUCGCACAGUCUGUGUUCGUACAGACUGUUCGCACAGACUGUGUUCGCACAGACUGUGUUCGUACAUGUGUUCGCACAGACUGUGUUCGCACAGGCUGUGUUCGCACAGACUGUCGCACAGACUGUGUUCGCACAGACUGUGUUCGCACAGCGUUUCCCAGCUGUGUCGCGUACAGACUGUGUUCACAGACUGUGUUCGCACAGGACUGUGUUCGCACAGACUGUGUUCGCACAGACUGUGUUCGCACAGACUGUGUUCGUACAGACUGUGUUCGCACAGACUGUGUUCGUACUGUGUUCGCACAGGCUGUGUUCGCACAGACUGUGUUCGCACAGACUGUGCGCACAGACUGUGUUCGCACAGACUGUGUUCGCACAUGUGUUCGCACAGACUGUGUUCGUACAUGUGUUCGCACAGGCUGUGUUCGCACAGACUGUGUUCGCACACGGACUGUAUUCGCACAGACUGUGUUUGCACAGACUGUGUUCGCACAGUCUGUGUUCGUACAGACUGUGUUCGUACAGACUGUGUUUGCACAGACUGUGUUUGCACAGACUGUGUUCGUACAUGUGUUCGCACAGACUGUGUUCGCACAGACUGUGUUCGCACAGACUGUGUUCGUACAUGUGUUCGCACAGACUGUGUUCGUACAUGUGUUCGUACAUGUGUUCGCACAGACUGUGUUCGCACAGACUGUGUUCGCACAGACUGUGUUCGCACAGACUGUGUUCCCACAGAUUGUGUUCGUACAGACUGUGUUCGUACAGACUGUGUUCGCACAGACUGUGUUCGCACAGACUGUGUUCGUACAUGUGUUCGCACAGACUGUGUUCGUACAUGUGUUCGCACAGGCUGUGUUCGCACAGACUGUGUUCGCACAGACUGUAUUCGCACAGACUGUGUUUGCACAGACUGUGUUCGCACAGUCUGUGUUCGUACAGACUGUGUUCGUACAGACUGUGUUUGCACAGACUGUGUUUGCACAGACUGUGUUCGUACAUGUGUUCGCACAGACUGUGUUCGCACAGACUGUGUUCGCACAGACUGUGUUCGCACAGACUGUGUUCGUACAUGUGUUCGCACAGACUGUGUUCGUACAUGUGUUCGUACAUGUGUUCGCACAGACUGUGUUCGCACAGACUGUGUUCGCACAGACUGUGUUCGCACAGACUGUGUUCCCACAGAUUGUGUUCGUACAGACUGUGUUCGUACAGACUGUGUUCGCACAGACUGUGUUCGCACAGACUGUGUUCGCACAGACUGUGUUCGUACAGACUGUGUUCCCACAGGCUGUGUUCGCACAGACUGUGUUCGUACAGACUGUGUUCCCACAGACUGUGUUCCCACAGACUGUGUUCCCACAGACUGUGUUCCCACAGACUGUGUUCCCACAGACUGUGUUCCCACAGACUGUGUUCGCACAGACUGUGUUCGCACAGACUGUGUUCGUACAGACUGUGUUCGUACAGACUGUGUUCUGUACGAACACACACACACCUUCUUCAUGA